UCAGCAAUAAAAGUUUCGACUGGAAUCGCGGGGAUAGACGACUCAAUUUCUGCGGCCCGCUUUCGAACUUCAACCAACAGUGAGCCUUCGAGCACGCGGAAACCGUCAAUGGCAAUCGAUGUUCUCUCUCAAGCCAACGAUGCGAUGCCGGGGAUACGAGCAGAGCGUGGAUCGCGACGUCGUAACGGUCCGUCAGUCGGCGCAGAGUUUGCGAUAGCCGCGAGACCUGGGCGUUGCCGAUUUGUAAGGAUCAUGGAAGAAGCUGAAUAGCUCUAGAGGUGAGGCCAAGUAAGCCCUGUGCCCCGUUCGCUCGGUAUCCAAUAGAUUUCCCGGAGACAGCCUUCGCGGCAAACGGGACGAAAUGGACACCAAGAUUCUGAGCUCGACUUCUCCGUCUGCCUUUCGACAAACUCUACUGAAGAGUUCAGCACUGUUUCGAGCGUGUGCUGCAGCUGCGACCGCACUUGUCGCUCUAGCAUCGGGCGUUCACUUGGGUCUCGCUUCCGUUCGAGAAGAACUUCAGCCUUUAACCUCGAAAUGGAAAUGGAUUUUCUUCGCUUCUGCCCUUACCACCUGCAUUAUGGUGGUCUUUUGUCUGAGAUUUUAUUUUCGCCUCCGCGAGAUAAACACCGAAAAACGGAGGCGCGCCAUCAGGCUUUUCAUCAUUACAUGUGUCUGCAUGGCCGUUCUGGAACUGAUCGUCGGCGGUCAUGCUUUCCUGGACUCGAGGUCUCCAGUGAUAGCGGGUGGCACCGACGAGCCUCGCGGGAGUUCGGAAGGGUUGUCCUUCGUCAUUGUCUACUGUCUGUGUUUACUUCUCUUCCUGCUUGAAGUGGUAUCGAUGAUCAUCGCAUUGACCUGUGUGAAAUCCCAACUGUACUCGCAAAUCGCCAGCGCCAAGGAGUCGGGAGAUGUCGUUGAAUACGAAAGACGUCCCUCAAGCGUAGGGGUUGUGGUCGACACGGAAUUCACGAUCGAAAAGAUCGACGAUGGAGCCAGCGGGGCAGAAGCCGAGGAGCAGCCCCUGAAGCAAGAUGACGUCGAUCGCGGCCACGCUAAGGUGCCUGAUACAAUGCUGGUUAAUAACGACUUGUACGAAGUUCCGGCCCCGCUCAUAAGACGGCCGAAGCAAACGUCGCCACCUCUUGCCCCAGCCAAGGACUCCGAAACGAGCUCCGGAGCCUCUCCUCCGCUCCCGACGUCACCCAUUCCUGACGAAGUUGAUCGUCCCACAAGUCCCAAGAGCCCAACUUUUCCACGAUACGAGAGGGGAUCACAGGGCAAGCCGCCGACAAGUCCCAUCUUUCCCAGAUACGUGGACACGCGCUUCGCCCACUACAACCCUCAGCAAGGAACCUUCCUUCGCCCUCGGAUCGCGCCCGGAGACAGUUUCGAGCCCGCCAAAGAACAAGAAGCGAGUUAGUUUCAAUUUGGAGGAUCACCUAAUCUGCUAUUGAAUGCGGGGAGCCCGAGUUCCUGUAUAAAGAAUACGUCUGACGAGUGGAACAAUUGCAAUUGAGCCUGAAGAGAGGAUUGAACCUUGCUUGGUCAAUAAAUAUGCUUAAUUUCCUGGCGGAGCA